GAUGCUUAAACCGAAAUGUGGACCAAUCGCACUCGCUUGCUCUGCCUCUGGCUGUGGCUGUGGCUGUGGCUGUGCCUGGGCAAGGGCCAUUGCCUGCCGGAAACUGGAAAGAUACGGGACACAGAUGUGAGCAAGUUCUUCAGGCACCUGGACGUUAUACCCGAUGUCAUAGCCGUCGGCCCGCAAGACUUUCUCAAUGUUACAUAUCCGGGUAAUAUAAAUGCAGAUCGAGGCGUCCAGCUGCAGGCCUUGCAGGUGAGGGAUGAGCCGAAGGUCAACUGGAUUGCCGGCAAGGAUUACUACUAUACGCUCAUACUGACCGAUCCGGACGUGCCCUCGAAGGUGCCGCCACAGCCCAAUGAGUAUCUCCAUUGGCUGGUUGUCAACAUACCCGGAAAACAAAUGGCCCUCGGCGAUGUGCGCGUUGGCUACACCGGCGCCACACCCGCCAAGGGCAGCGGCCUGCAUCGCUACGUGUUCCUGCUCUACAAGCAGCCAGACUAUCUAAAGUUCAAUCUGGAGCCUGUGCCCAAGCACAGCGACCAGGGCCGCCACAACUUCAGCACCAAGGCGUUCGUAAAGCAAUACGAACUGGGCUUUCCUCUGGCUGGAAAUUUCUUCACCUGCGAGUGGAGCACCGAUGUGCCCGCGCUGCACAAGGCCAACCACGAGACUGAGGGGAGGCCGCUGUCGUUUUAGGUAAUCAACGAACCAAGCCAAACCAAGUUGGCCGGUUUUUAAGUGGAUUGCCAAAGAAAUGCAUAAAUUAAGCUCAAGCUCAACUACGAACUCAGCUAACUGUCAAAUCAGAUACACUGU